GCGGGAUAAAAUGUAUCGCGAAAUCAGCGUCUGCAAAUUUAUGAUUUUCGAGUAAAAUUCAGUAACUGAGUAGUCGACCAGUAAAAACUACAAGAAAAGCAUCAAAAUAAACUUCUGGCUUGGCAUGUUCGUGACGCAUGCCCGAUGAGUAAAGCCGUGUGAGCCAAGGAACAAAGAUCAUCAUUUUGGAAUCAGAAUUCAGUUAACAAUUGCGACGACGUUCGCAACAGUUGGUUUUUAUAGUCAACUUAGGAAUUAACAGAAGCAGUACAAAAAUGUUCCUCUUUACUUUUAAUUAUCUUCUACUAUUAUGUGGACUUUGCUCUGCACGUUCUGUAAAAUCUCCUGUAUUUAGCAGCGGAUACACUGCCAAAGGAACUCUAUAUAUACCCUAUGCUGAGAUUCGAGAGCCAUUUUAUGCUUGGUACGAUGGAAAAAGUGGCAAUAGCAGAAUUGAUUACUAUGGAGGUAUGGUUAAAACAUAUCAACUUUCUACUCAAGGGCCAUAUGGAUCAAGCUUAAAAAUAGCCCCAUUAACAACUGAAACUCAAUUAAAUCAAGAUACUUGUCUCCAAGUCAAUGGAACAAGCGAAAUCAAAAUCAAGCCACAAACUAUCAUACCUGAUACUACUGGAAUGGAGUGCAUUGGACAAGAUAUGAUCAAUGGUGUGGCAUGUGAAAAAUGGCGACUAGUUGAAUCUUUCGGAGAAAAAACUAAUAAAUAUACAUUAUGGAUUCGUUAUAAGAAAUCUCCAACUAAAUCACAAAUGAAAGAACCAAUUCCUAUAAGAUAUGAGAUGAGAGGUUUUAACUCACUCUUAGGAUCACAUUAUGAUCAUUAUUAUCUGGAAUAUGAUUGGUACUCAUUUGAAACACCUAGCUCUGAAGUAUUUCAAAUAGAACAAAAUUCUAGUUGUAUAAGUUUCCCUGGACCAGGUGAACAUCAUAUUUAUCUCUUCAAUCCAAUGCAAGAAUUUAUUCACAAUUAUCAAAACCACGUUGAUAUAGCGUUUAAUAAAUUUAUAACUACACACAAGAAAAAUUACCUCAAUGAACUUGAUCAUAAAAAACGUAAAGACCAUUUUAGGCACAAUCUCAGGUAUAUUCAUUCUAUCAAUCGCGCUAACAUCGGAUUCCAAUUAGCAAUAAAUCACUUGGCUGAUCAUUCCGAUGCAGAAUUGAAAGUUUUGCGUGGAAAACAGUACACUAAACAUGGUUAUAACGGCGGUAUGCCUUUUAUUUAUGACGUUGAAAAAGAAAAGGCUAAUCUUCCAGAAUCUUUCGACUGGAGAUUGUAUGGUGCAGUGACACCCGUUAAAGAUCAGUCAGUUUGUGGUUCUUGCUGGAGUUUUGGUACGACUGGUGCAGUUGAAGGAGCUUAUUUUAUGAAAUACAAGAAACAAGUUAGACUAUCUCAACAAGCUCUUAUUGAUUGUUCAUGGGGAUUCGGUAAUAAUGGUUGUGAUGGUGGUGAAGAUUUCCGCGCUUACCAAUGGAUAAUAAAACACGGUGGUUUGCCUACAGAAGAAGAAUACGGCGGUUACUUAGGCCAGGAUGGGUAUUGUCACAUUAACAAUGUUACCAAAGUUGCUAAAAUUAAAGGCUUUGUAAAUGUACAAACAGAUGAUAUCGAUGCAAUGAAAGUUGCUCUGUUCAAGAAUGGACCUGUUUCCGUAGCAAUUGAUGCAUCUCAUAGAACGUUCUCAUUCUAUUCAAAUGGCGUGUAUUAUGAACCAUCAUGUGGUAAUACUGAAGACUCUCUUGAUCACGCUGUAUUAGCCGUCGGCUACGGAACAAUGAAUGGAAAAGGCUAUUGGCUAAUUAAAAAUUCUUGGUCGAACUACUGGGGUAAUGAUGGUUAUAUACUCAUGGCGCAAAAAGAUAAUAAUUGCGGAGUUCUGACUACACCAACUUAUGCUAUUGCCGCAUAAACUAAAAAAUUUUUUAAAAUGAAACAAUCGUUACUUGUAAGAUUUACAUUACAAAUAUUAUAUUUUUUUAAAACAAUUUAAAAUGCAUUCUACCGAAUUGUAGACUUUCAAAUAUUAAUUUUCUAAGAAUUUAUUGAUAUAAGAAACUAUGAGACUUAAUUUGUGCAUUAAAUUUGAAAACAAUAAA